ACAUAUUUGCAUGUCAUUGAGAGGCAAGAUGGCGUCAGCAUCAGACCAUCAGGGUGCUGCUGACAGCGAACUGGACGAGUUAUUAGACAGUGCUCUUGAUGAUUUUGAUAAGACCAAUGUGCCUCCUGCGGCCCCUGAGGCCCCCACUGCCCCUGGUGCAAGAAAUACGAGUGAUGAGAAGCCUCCUCUGUUGGAAGACAGUAAGUUCUUUGAGAGUCUCUUUGAUGGUGAGAUGGCCAAUCAAGCACGUGAGGAGUGGGAGAAAGCCAUGGCUGAGUUAGCACAAGAAGAACCUGACCUUCUACAGCAUUUUCACAAGCUGUCUGAGGCAGCAGGUAAAGUAGGCACAGAUGUAGCUUCACAACAAGAGUUCACAUCCUGUCUUAAAGAUACCCUUAGUGGUUUGGCGAAAAAUGCAGACAAUCUGCAGAGUGCAGGACUGGCUGGAGAUGAUCUGGUAAAGACCUUAGAGAACCUGGGAUUGAAUGAAAAUGGGGAGGGGGGAGAUGAUGGCAAUGUUCUCCCAUUAAUGCAGUCCAUCAUGCAGAACCUUUUAUCCAAAGAAGUGCUAUACCCUUCUCUUAAAGAGAUAACCGAGAAGUACCCUGGAUGGUUGGAGAGCAACAAGCAAUCCCUUCCCACAGAUCAGUUCACGCGAUAUGAGCAACAGUACCAUAUAAUGGGAGAAAUAUGCAGCCAAUUUGAGAAAGAUGGAGACAAAGACAGCACAUUUGAAAACAUUCUGGAACUCAUGCAGAAGCUGCAAGACUUGGGUCAACCUCCAAAAGAGCUUGCUGGAGAGGCACCUCCUGGCUUGAAUUUUGACCCAGAAUCUCUGCACCUUCCUGGAGCGCAAGGAGUCCCAGGACCAGAGCAGUGCUCAAUUAUGUGAUCUCAAUGAGGUCAAAUUAACAUACAUUUGAAAAUGAUACAAUUUGUAGCUAAUUAUCUGAGUUGGACACAGUUUAUCAUGCUCCCCUUUCAAAGGAGUUUGCUUUUGUGUCUGCACUGGAACUGUGAUGUUCACUACAUUAAUUUUACUUCAUAGUUCUCUAUCCACAGAGGUUCUUUUCAUAUUCAUCAUCCCUAAUCCGUUCGCUGUCCUCACUGUAGAGCAGCCCAUAAUGUUUUGAGAGAAGUUUGAUACAUCAGUGUGCUGACAGCUUGGUAAAAAUUUUCAGAAUUUUGUAAAGGUUUUACACUUUUACUUCAAGCACAUUUGACAAGUAUUGCAGUGGAUUGUAUUUUGAAGAAUUAGAGACAAAUAUGUGGAGCUCAAAUGGACAGCGAAGAUAGUUACGGUUUGAUUGGUUUCAUUUUAUUUUUAAAUCUCAGAAGAAUGGUCAGGAUCUGCAAACAGCUUCCAUCAGAUUGAUGAAUGCAUUGAAUUUAUUUUAAUUUACAGUGUAAUGUCCAUUUAUUCUCAAACUAUAUCAUAUAUACUAUUUCACUGAACUAAUCUGACCAAAAUGGAUUCUCAGAUUAAAAAAAAAAAACGAAAUGCAGACAUUUCAGAUGCAGGCUUAUGAUACAUCCAUAACAUCGUUCUUUGACACGUAGACUGCAUUUGUAAUUGAGUAGACUAAUUUUCUCUCCCUUUGUCUUCUAAUGGUUAUUGUAUCUAUCCUCAUAUAGAGCAGUUUGGAGUGUUGCCAUGUGAAUUUCAAUAAUUCCCAUCAUUCCUAUGGUGGUGCCCCUUUGUGAUGGGCUAUUGUCACAAUAAUCCUAAUUUGCCUUGAAUAUUGAAAGAAUAAAAGAAUAUUGUUUCGUAGUUUAAAAUGAAUACUCUGUAUUAAUAUUUAAAUAACAUCAUGUUAAAUCCCUGGAUACCUCAAAAGUGGAUUAAAGUUUGUGAUCAUUGCUUUUGAGGGGAUGUUUUUAUGGAUAUUUUAUGCAAACAGGUUUAAAUGCAUAGAGAUAGAAUCCUUUCACAGGAGCAAAUGUGGAAUUGGUAAUCAGUUUUGACGCGUCAAUGGCACAUCUCAUUGGCUAUUUUUCAGUAUGGUUUGGUAUUAUGUGGCCAAUAUAAAGAUUAUGAUUGGCAGAUGAGCCGGGCAAAAUAUGUAACGGUUACAACACUCAGGGGUUGUGCAAACACCCAACCACUUAUUUAUUAGGUCAUCAAUACUCUUUAUCCUGUAUUUCCUAAAUUGUACAGUUCAUUGGUCUUGUCAUACCUCGCUAUAUGAAAGAACUGCAAUUUUCAAAAAUCUAAAUAAAUGUUAUAAACUUACAA